GUAAGCGAUCUCUGGAAGAUUAAAAGAUUAUAAUAUCGCAAGAUUAGGUACUUACUAAAAAAAAAUAAGUAAUUCAAAUUCGUAAAUAUAUAAAAGUUUCUUACCGCUGACACUGAACAGUUUUGUGGUACCAAGUAAAAAGGUAUCUAAAAAUGAAAUUUUUAAUUUUGGUAGCCACAUUGGCUAUAACUGCAAACGCCCUUUCUAACCACGAUCAAUGGGCUCAAUUUAAGGUGAAACAUUCAAAGAAUUAUAACACUUUUAGAGAGGAGCAAAUUCGUUUUCAAGUUUUCAGUAGUAACCUUCUCAAAAUCGCAGAACACAAUGCAAGAUACGAGAAGGGCGAGGAAACUUACUUCAUGGCUGUCAACCGGUUCGCCGACCUAACUUCCGAGGAAUAUGAAGCUAUGCUUGGUUUACAAAUAUCAUCAAUGUCUAAACCGAAUAUAACGUCCAGUUUUGUUGCUGAUCCUGAAGAGCCUGCACCAGAUUCUAUUGACUGGAGGGAAAAGGGAGCGGUGACGCCAGUGAGAAACCAACACUACCCCCAUCAAUGCGGAUCCUGCUGGGCUCAUAGCGCGGCUGCAGCUCUUGAAUCUCACAGGUUUAUAAAUGAAAAUAAAUUGGAAGUAUUAAGCGUUCAAGAGAUAAUGGAUUGUUCGCGUGAUUAUGGUAAUGCUGGAUGUAAUGGUGGAUGGAUGGAUUCUGCACUUGAAUAUGUCAAAGAUCAUGGAAUAUGUGCAGAAUCUAGUUACGAAUAUACAGCACAAAAUGGUGAUACGUGUAAGACAUGUGAAAAGGUUAUUCACACAUUUAAAGAAGUUGUAGAGGUUGGGCCUAGUGAGCAGCUUAUAAAAGAAGCUGUGGGCACCGUUGGUCCUGUGACAGUAGCUGUAGAUGCGAGUAAAUGGCAAUUAUAUGCAGGAGGUAUCUUUGACGGUAACUGUGGUUAUACUGUAAAUCAUGGAGUGCUAGUGGUUGGAUACGGGCAGGAAAAUAACAAAGAUUUUUGGCUUAUCAAGAACUCACAUGGAGCCGAGUUUGGAGAAAAUGGAUACAUCAGAUUAGCUCGUGGGAAAGACCUAUGUAAUAUAACGUUCCUAAUUAAUUAUCCAAAGUUUUAAGUUAUACGAAGCUAACUUACAAAAAUACUAUUGUUAUAAAAUUUCUACAAUAAACAGAUAUUUUUUUUAUUCAAUGAAAAAGAGUUAGAUUAGACAUUUAAAUAUUUUA